AGCGGAAUACGUGCAACUGUCUCCACCGUUGUUUCUGCCACAAAGCGUUUUCUUUUCUACCUAGUUCCACGGAAGCGGCAUUGCCUCUGCAAGAGCCAGUGCACCUUGGCCAGCAACCAGCGGACCCCUCUCUCUCCCCCCUCCCUACCGUGUGUGUGUCGGUCGGCAUCGAUUUUUGGUUUCUCAGCACUGUAGCACACCGGAGAAGACGGCGCCGCUGAUAUCCUCUGUUGUCAAAAGAACUUUUUGAUUUCUGGCCACGAAAGCAAGAAGUCUCUGUGCAUUUGUGUGUGUGUGUGUGUGUGUGACAGCCACCGUUUCACGGUGUGGGGGGUCCUGCAGUGCCAAACGCGGCCUUGCAUGGGCUGUGCGGUUGCCACUCCUCGCUCACCGCGGUCAGUAAAGUGCAACUUUUUUUCCUCGCUAAUUUCUCAUUGAUUCUCCUUAUAGAGGCUUUUUCUUGUCUGUUCUGCACGGAGGAGAAUAAAACGAAGUGCAGCUAUUUUCCUUGUUCUUCUUUCCUUCUGUCAUUCGCCGUGGCCAUCGCCGCUUCCUAUUGUCCUUCACGAAGAUCGUGGACUGCCUCCUUCUUACACGCAGACUCGUGUGCGUUGGUAGCAAAGUCCUUCUUUUUUUCUUUCUCCUUCAGCACUCUUCUCCUCCCCUCUCCAGCAUGGGCAAUGCGGUGGCAUGCGGCCUCGACGUGGAAUCGCUCAAGGAAGCGUACAAGCGUCGCCAGCGUAGACGAUCGCGAUCGCUCUCCAGUAGAGACAUCUCCGACACGUCCAGCGCAUCAUCGCGUAGUGGUACGAACGAGCGAUUGAAUUCUGGAGACAGCAGUGGUGAUGACGACGCUGCAGGCCCGUUGCGAAAGCCGCAGUCGGCAGCGUACACGCGUCCCUCCUUCAAUACAAAUAGGCAGCCGUCCCCGCAGAGGGGUCCUAACGGUGCCCGCAGUGCACUUCGCUCGUUGAAGGCAUCCGAUCCCGACAGGCACCUCCCACCUGCUACUGCGCGUUGCAACCGCAAAACCACGACCAGUGCGCCGCCGCGGCCGAGCAGCGUGCUGGAGCACUCACUACGCUCGAAUGAAAUGUCGUUCAGCGUACCGGAGAUCGACUUCCACAACUCCUCGCCCACCGAGUCGACCGAUCGCGUGUCGACAAAUGAGGAGAGUUACAGCUUUGGCUUGCAGGCCUCGAUCGGCGGGUACCGCGUCAGCGAAGGCCGGGCAUCGCCGCUGCGGGGUUCGUUUCCUGACGCUGUGCCAGGUGCGAAGAAAACAUCGGUCGCAACGGAUAUCGUUAACGACUUCGCCGCGUGGGACAUGGGACUCGGCACGAUGAACGAUGUCCAGCGUGCGUCGCCGGCAGGCAACACCGCCGUCGCCACGACGAAGCCGUCGUCGGGUGAAAGGCUGCCGAUGCUAGGUCAACCGAGACGCACAAGCAAGGGUGUCAACACAACAACGACGGCGACGUUAGCGGGCCCGUCACAGAUACGAGGAGGCACCACAGCGAGUCCAGCGACGCGGCGGUCCGCAGACGCGACGGCAGGAACGUCCGUCAAGAAGCCAAGUACGAUGCUCGACAAACGAGGCACCGGCCAGAGUACGAGAAUGCCUGUGAUAUCUUCCAGGUAUGGUGUGGUGUCCACUUGGAAUGCUGCCGCACCUCCGCAGAAGACGUUUGUCGCCACCCUACAACACACACAACAGAUCCCAUCGCACGUAGGCCCCCGCGCCGCACCCAACACGGCGAGGCUCGGCAAAGUGAAUGCGCCGGCGUCGAAGUUGGACAACGAGGCCGUCAAACCGAAGAAGAACGGCGCCGAGUUCGCGGCGCAAAAUGACGAGGUGGAGCCGUAUGACCUGCGCUUCUUCAGCCGGGCGGCAUCACCGCAGGAGGUUGAAACGAAGGAUAGUGCGGUGGCUGCGAUGGCCUCUGCGCCGCUGCCAAACAGUCGAGACCAAGGAAAGACCGGCGGAGACUCCUCUGUGCCUUCCACGACGAAGAUCGCUGCAGCAUCUCUCGCAACACACAACAAGGUGGAGAAGGAAGAGGUCAGGGGGGUUGAGAGACUCGUCGCCACGCAUUCCGAGGAAAGGAGACUCGGCGGCAGCCACAGAAGGAGUAAAAGUCGUGGCAGUAGGGCUGUCAACGCCGCUGCCGCAGCGGCGGCCGUUGCGUCGAAGUCCCCAAAGGACGCGUUGACGCAAACGAACGCCCCAACACCCGGAGUUGCCUCAGCUACCGGCCGUCUCAAUAACGAGUCCAAAGCGGGAAAGAGCUUAGUGGACGCCGCACCGGCGCUGGCUUCCUCCUCGUCAUCUUCUGCCUCUUCUUCUUCUGCCCACACGGAGAAAGGCGUCAACGGGGCGCACGCCGGCUCCGCUUCACCAGCGUUUUCGACAUCCGAGAAAGCAUCCAGCAGACAGAAGGUGCGCAGCUUUACGCCGAACGACGAUGAUCGCUCUUCCCCGCUACAGCGAUCCGAGAGCGGCGUCGCCUCCCGACCUCACCACCAUCACCGUCGCGAGGACGAAAGGGACUCCACGAAGAUGAACGCCAAGGAUCGUGUAUACCUCGAUGAUGACGAGGAUGACGAGGAUGAUGAUGAUUCUGACGAGGAGGAAGAGACUCCAAGUGGGGACGACUUGGAGAAUUCCGUGGCAGACCUGCGACCGAUGAAGAGGGUGGACUCCAUUCUAGUGAAGAACAGCAGCUUUCGCUCUCGCACCGGCUCGGUCGGUCCGCAGGACAUCACGCCUGCCACGGGAUCCGUCUCCUUCCUGCUGGGUGAGAAGGAGGCGGAACUGGCCUUGGCGAGUUCGCAGUUGAUGUCGAGGGCCAUCCCACGGCGACGGAGGGAACAAGUGCGGCAGAUGAGCAAAGACUUUGGUGUGGGCGUAUUGCGAGACGUUGAAGGGGACGCGCAAGGCGCCGCGCCUUUGGACAACAGAGCUGCCUCUUCAUAA